AUUUUGCUGGAGCCUGCGACCGAGUGGGAGUGGAGUGGAGCGGCUGUGGUUGCCGACUCUUUCCUCUUCCCCACGGUCCAGUCAGCGGGUUAAUUAGGCCAUUGGCCCUCGAGCCGAGACUUGUCUCUUAUUUAGUUCUGGGGAGCGCCUCGUCGACAUGAGUGAUGUAGAGGAGAACAACUUCGAGGGCAGAGUUAAUGUUCGUGAAGAAAUUGAAGAGUUUUUUCCAAGAAUGUGGAAGAUAAAUCAAGAUAAAAGAAGGCUAAUGAAAAGUAUUAAAGAUCAGAAAAUUAAAAUUGAAUGGGGGAAAAAAUUGAACAGAAGAUUGGUCAGAUAGAAGCACUUGAAUAUUUUUUUAAGGCUAUUUUGAAUUGUUUGAAUUGGGGAAGAAUACACGAAGUAUGAAAAAUGAAAAACUCAAUGAAGAAUGAAGAGAAGUAGAAAGCAAGAGUGAAGUAGAAUUAAAAGAAUCUGGAAGAAUGAAUGGGUCCUAGGUUAAGUAAAUGUAUGGUUUAUGUUCCAGUGUCUGUAUGAUCAAGUUGUAGAUGAAUUUGCAUGAUUACUUAGUUAAUAGAGAAUUGGUGAUCUGGUUCAAGUAGGGAAUUAUUGAGGACAGUUAGCAGUAUUAACAGUGGGUUAUUAUUGAGCUGAAAUUUUUUCUGGAGGGUGUUGCCUAACCAUUUGUUUUUCAGGAGCAAUCAAUAUAAAUAAUUACGGUACUUUAAAUGUUAGGUGUUAGGCAUCUACAUGACCAGUGCCAUUUGUAAUACUGUCUUCUUUGUUAGGAGUCUCGCUCUCAGUCAAAAUCUCCAACGGGAACUCCUGCUCGUGUAAAAUCGGAGAGCAGGUCAGGAUCUCGUAGUCCAUCAAGGGUUUCCAAACACUCUGAAUCCCAUUCUCGAUCAAGAUCAAAAUCCAGGUCGAGGUCAAGGAGACAUUCUCAUAGACGUUACACUCGAUCCAGAUCCCACUCUCACUCUCAUAGGAGACGAUCUCGAAGUAGAUCAUAUACACCAGAAUACCGGCGGCGAAGGAGCCGAAGCCAUUCUCCAAUGUCUAACCGGAGAAGACAUACUGGCAGCAGGGCAAAUCCAGAUCCCAACACUUGCCUUGGAGUGUUUGGCCUCAGUCUGUACACAACAGAGAGGGAUCUUCGUGAAGUAUUUUCUCGAUAUGGACCACUGAGUGGUGUCAAUGUGGUUUAUGAUCAGCGAACUGGGCGAUCUCGAGGAUUUGCUUUUGUGUAUUUUGAAAGAAUAGAUGACUCAAAGGAGGCUAUGGAAAGGGCAAAUGGAAUGGAGCUGGAUGGUAGAAGAAUUCGGGUGGAUUAUUCUAUAACCAAGAGAGCGCACACACCAACACCAGGCAUCUACAUGGGCAGACCAACUCAUAGUGGUGGGGGUGGUGGAGGAGGCGGCGGCGGUGGAGGUGGAGGUGGUGGCAGACGUCGAGAUUCUUACUAUGAUAGAGGAUAUGAUCGUGGGUAUGACAGAUAUGAAGACUAUGAUUACCGAUACAGAAGACGAUCACCUUCUCCUUAUUAUAGUCGAUAUAGAUCACGAUCAAGAUCUCGUUCCUACAGCCCAAGACGCUAUUGAUAACGGAAUGGUUGCAAUUAAGGACAUUUUUUUUCCUCUUUUUUUUUUUUUUUUUUUAAAUUCUGAGAUUUCCCCCAAGCUUUGGAUUCUUCCUACUCCUUAAGAAAAAAACUUUGGUUUAUUUAGCAUCUACACUUUUGUCAAUUGUGUUGCUGUUUUCCACCCAUUUUAUUAUACUCUUAAAGAUGUAAUUGUUGUCAUUUUAAACAGUUAAACAUCUUGAGUAUAAAAAGAACCCCAAUGUUAUGUUAUGCUUUAUAAAUUUUUUUUUUUGCUUUUACCUAGAUAAACUUCUAGCUAAUCAAAUAAGGAAAGAAACUGUCUUUUUAAAGCUUCUUUUGUGUUAGAUAUUGUAUUAGAGAUCUGCAUUUAUCAUGAGCUCCUUUUUUUUUUAACUUUAUUUUUGGGAAAGUAACACAUGAAGUAGUUCAGUCAUGUCAGGUUUGUCUGGGGUGGAAUGGAACAGUCAGGUAGUUGAAAGUUUUUUUUUAGAGAUGAAAAGCUUGUGAACUGUAAAACAUGCUGUAUUUGAAAUACAUCUGUUAAAACUUAAAAACUAAAGUGUGAUUUUUUUUGUUGUUGUUAAGUUUAUUGAAGUUUAUUCCCUUAAUCAGUGAAGGACAACCCUUAUUUAUUACCUAGAGCAGUUGUAUAAUUCGCUGUUAGAAAUUUUGGUAUUGGGACAGUGGAUAAGCAGGUUAUCACAUAGCAUAGAAUUCUUAAAAGAUACAUGUGGGGAAAAGUAGUCUCAAAUAAAAGCUAAUUUCUUUGAAAA